AUGUCCGUGGACUCUGCUGGCCCCAGCUCUUGGCUCGAAGUUAUGCUAGCGAAACAGUUCCCACAACUCUGGCAGGCUAAAUUCUGCCUUCGGCCGCUGGCAACCUCUUUCGGCUGUUGCCGCCGUCAAGUCUUGACACUUACGGUGGCUCAGAUUCCCGGAAGUUUUGAAGACGAGAACCCCUCCUCCAUUACGCAGACCGCCUAUGCAGAAGAUCCACUAUUUAGGCUGCAUUGCCUGCGGAAAGGUAGAGUGCUCCAGCAGGUCGCGCGGCAGACCUUGGCAGAAGUGUUUCCUUCUGUGCCGUUGACAGAGCCGCCGCGUGGCCUUUGUGCAAAUGGGAGCAGAAGAGGAAACCACACAGCUGAGUUUGACUUUAGACACGGUGAUCGCAGGGUUGAGUGCAAGGGAACCAGCAUGGCUUUUUGUUCUGCCCAUCACCGCUGGUUUGCCGACUGGAGCGGAAUCAAGUUUAAGCAAGCUAUCUUUGACGAUUUGUUUCUGGUGCUCCACUCUCCUGGGUGGGUCGACGUUGUUCGCCAUGAUGGUGCUGCAGCUGUUGCAGAAGCUGGAGUGCGAACAGCCUUCGUGGGUCAGUCUGUGAGGGUCUACGCGGCUCGAGGCUGCUCUGAUGCUCGAGAGGCCCGCCAAGUUAUUCUACGAAAACUGCUGACAUCUUCACAUGCCUGUGAGCAGCUUGCGACACGUCGAUCUGACAGCGGCUACAUUGCGGAGGUGGUGUCGCAAGAGCUCGGUCGGGAGAGUUGCAGACUUUCCACCAAGUGGUACACUGGAAUUCCCUUCGCAGGGUGUAGCCCAAGCUCUCGUGGAUUACGUUUGCAGAAGCUAGCAUUUGCCAUCGAUCAACUGUGCCACCCAGGCUGUCGAUUUCACACCGAGGUAGAUUCUUUGGAGAUUGUGGGUGCGCUUCGGCAGCAGCGUCGUGGUGCACAUCGAGGCAGUGCCGAUUGGUGGCGUGGCAACGUCAGGGUAGAAUUCAAAUCCUCAAGUCUUUCUUGGGAUGUCCACAGACGAAGGUGGAGAGCCCAUUUUGCUCGCGUAAAGUUUCCUUCGCAAGUCCGACCCUGCACUGCCUCGUUUGACGAGCUGCUUCUUGGUUUGUACACACCGCUUGGGCUGUACUUGGUGCAGCAUGCCGGAGUGGCUGGACAGUCAAGAGCUGGUAGGGGCACGGACACUCUGGGCCAUUCGGUGAUGGUGUAUGGGCCCACAGACGAGAAGUGCCCGGAAGCGGCGCUGGUAGUUGUGCUUGCGAAGCUGCAGCAGUCGGGUUGCAAGCUCCUCGUGUUUGUGAAGUGGUGA